CUUCCUCAAGUCUGACAAUUUGCCCAAUCCAUCUCUGCCCGAAACCUUGUUUCCUUCCUCUUGUAUUCAAACUUUAGAUUCUUGUUCUCUCCUUAAUAAAACGAGACACGUGCUUGCAAGAGCACCAGGACAGAUAUGCCAAGGCCAGCCCUCCCCCACAACAAAGCCUUCACAUCUGUGACAGGCCUAUAAAAGCCCUCGUGGUCGUGUUGUCACUGGUUAGUGGAGUUUAAUCUGCACCACUAAACAGAAAAUGAAUAGCAAGGUAGGAGGGAAGGCCACGAAUGAAGAAAUGCUUCUAAAACAUCAGCAGCACCUGCAGAGACAAAGAGAUGCAAUCGCCUACAGGAUGAAGAAGCUGGCAGCUAAGCAGGUGGAGAUAACAAAAAAGACCAAUGCAGCAAAGGAGAAAAUCAGGAAAAAGUAUGAGGACAUGAAGCGGGUUCUGGAUGAGGAUCUCCGGAUCACACUGAACCAACUGGACACUGAGCACGAGGCCACAGAGAAGUUAGUGGAGGAGAGGAUAGAGGACUGCUACCACCUCACUCAGGAACUGGACCAGGAACUGUCCAACAUUGGUGCCCAGGUGAAAACACAAGAAAUUGACAGUCAGAAUGCUGAAACAGAAAAAAGAAUAGCUGAGACUCUGAAGUUGACUGACCCUGACCUGAUUCAGAUGGAUGAGUUCAAGAGCGAACAACUACUGAGUCUUACCAUCAACCUGCUGCUGUUCAUCAGAUCCCAGGUCCCUGUCACCAAGAAACUGUUUCAGAGCUAUUCUGCAGAUGUUGUCCUUGACGCUGACACUGCCCACCCCAAGCUGAUCAUCUCUCCCAAGGGCGACUCAGCCACCUACACCGAUACCUGGCAGGAUGUCCCAGAGACUCUCUCCCGCUUUGACACCACCUUAAAUGUAGUCAGCCAGCAAGGCUUCAGCGAGGGCCGCCAGUACUGGGAGGUGGAGGUGAGUGGGAAGACAUACUGGGAGCUGGGGCUCACCUACCCAUGCAUCCCACGCAAGGGCCGCGAGGAGGACUCCUGGCUGGGCCGAGGCAAAGAAUCUUGGUGUGUGGAAUACUUUAAUGGAGACUACACAGCCUGGCAUGGUGGUGUCCAGCAUGAGCUGCCUCUGCUGGCAGGAAAACAGUUCACUCGCAUCGGGGUAUACUGCAGCUUCCCUGGGGGUUUGGUGUGCUUUCUAGGAGCUGAUACCAUGACCCCCCUCCACUGCUUCUGCGCUGGGACCUUCACCGACACCCUACAUCAAGCAUUAUGUCCUGGUCAUGACAACGAAGGCACAAACUGGAAGUCCCUAAAGAUCUGCGAUGUGUCCCAAUCAGCUCCUGUUCUCUGAGGUGGGGCAGGAAUGCCUCAGGGGCAGGAAGGAUGGGGCAGAAAUGGUCAGGAAUGUGUGUGUGGUUCAUGAGCAUCAGCUGCUUGAUCUGAUAUUCUUAACUUGUGACACCACAUCAGUUCUAGAUACCGUGCGUGUCAGGCUAGUUUAAAUUUGCCUAAAGGCAUUUUUAAAGCGUAUCUCUUAUUUUAGAUUCACAGGUCAUGUUGUUCAUUUCCAGUCAUUCAUGCUUUUCUUUAUAGAGGACACACCAAAGCCAAUAUGAUGUUAGAGCUGUUCUUCAUACCGUCGCUCAGUGUUUAUUUUUAAAAGUUUAUUUUUAAAGCUAUGAUGAACCUGAAUAUCCAGAUGAGGAAUUGCAAAAGACAGAUGUUGACAUGGCAAAGAAAGUCUUUAAGUAAGAAAUAAUAAUAAAUAACCUUUAAUUUGGUAAGAUAGAUCUGCUUUUUAACACUCAAUCAAGAAGUUGGAUUUGUCUAUCAUUAAUUAGGAAACUGAACUUAAAGGAUAAUGUUGGUAAUAUUCUAUAUGUUUCUUAUUGUCAACAAAUACAAUGAAAAUACCAAAACCAACAAUGCAUUUGUCUGCCUCUCAAUACUUUUGAACUUGCCUAUCCUGUCUGUGAUUUUCAGACCCAACCAAAGAUGUAAAUCCUUAAAAAUGGGUUACAAAUUUAUAGUUUUGUUUAAAAAGACUGGGCACUGUAGUUUUAAUCAAAUGUUACUCAAACUGUAUUACUGAUACUAUUUUCAGCUGUGGAUUAAUACACAUUUGAUGCUGUAGUGAGUAUUUAUAUCAGCAUGAUGGUGUAUGUGCGUUCGACUCAAAAUAAACUAGUGCCCAUAUUUAUCAUAAUGAAGCAGCAUGUCACUCAGUGUAAUAGUGCGGCUCACUGAGGUGUUUUAAUAGUUUUUAGACAAAAAUAGAGCUCUAUUGCACAGAGCAAUAAGUUAUAUCAGGCUUUAGCUAUACAGACAUACUUGUUAGUAAGAUCAAUUCAUUGUUAGUUUUGGUCUUUUCGUGAUAUUUGCUGACAAUAAGAAAACUAGAAUAUCGCCAACCUUAUCCUUUAAGUGUUAAUAGAAAGCUGAAGAUGUUUGUCUACUAUUAGAAAUAUGGAUUGCUGAAAAAACUGUUUUUAGUGUCUUCAAUAUUUGUUCAAGUGACAUUCGGUGUAUUAUUUACCGAUUCCAAACAUCUUCCUUAUCUUAAAAAAAACAAAACAAAAAAACAGCAGCCUUUCAAUAUGUGUCUGUGUUUACAGAUGUGCAAGAAAAGUGACACACAACUCAUUACACAAUAAAUUCUUCAUGUUUAAUACAAUAAAAUGUUUACAUAAGCA